UCACGCUCAGAUUUUAGAGGGGGAGGUUUGCAGCUGUCUGGACUCGCGUUGUGGAAACAGCGUUUCUCCGCCAGGAAUGGUCAAAACAUUUCCCCAAGAGCAAUUUAACAACGAACUUUUAAUAAGUUUUUCAUUGUGCUGUUUUCCUCUUCGGUUAUUCUGUUUGACUGAGUUUAAGAACUUGAUGGUAACAGUUUGGUAACUGUGGACCGUAGUUUUCAUCUCGUGUGAGACGUGAUAAAGAGAUUACCGCAAACCAACGCACAAGCUCGCUUUUUCGGACCUGACUAGCUUAGGUAAGAUGCAGUAAAGUCGUCCAGGUGGAACUCAAAGGAAAAGGUAGAAGUACGUAUAUGCCGAACACGUAUCGACGUUUUACAUCUCUUUUUUUCCCCCUUGGCUCGACAUUCUUUUUUUGUAUGAAAAGUUGCCGAAAAUGCGCAAACUGGUUAGCUAACCGCGGAGAGCUCGGCGCGUGCGAGCUUCGUUAACGGGCCACACAUUUAACCUCAGCGGAUUCCCAGUUUGUCCUUUUUUCUGGAUCUUUUCCUGCAUCCAGUCUCCUCUCUGGACCCUGCCUAGUCUGACCCAACACUGGCUGUUUCACAGCUCCCCGCCACUAAGCUGUGCACUGUGAAUGACGUGCAGCUAAUGUCCCGGGGAUCUGAAUGGAGUUCCAGUCACGUAAAAGCCAACAGUUGUAGCUCUCUCAGCAGGAUGCUGAUGAGGCCAAGUGUACUUCUGUUUCUGACUUUUUUCGUCCAAAUUUUAAGGACCCAGUGUCGGCCUGCUAACACAGAUGAAGUCCCUGUGGAAGCAGAGCUGUUCACCCUGUUUCUUGGGAAUCGCCUGUAUCUGAGCUGCUCUCCCAAAGACUCCAUCCACACUGUGAACUGGACCAAAGACCAUGCUGCUCUUGUGGAUGGAGAACACGCCCACAUCCACAACGGUCAGCUGGAGAUCGAGGCCGUGGAGCUGACAGACUCUGGCUUGUAUGGAUGCACCACCUUUGGCAACCACAGUGUGUUCUUUAAUGUGUCAGUUGAUAUAUUGGCAUCAUCUGAGGAUGAUGACGAUGAAGAGGAGUCUUCAUCAGAAGAAAACAAGCAGUUGGCCAGUCAGAAGCUGAUGCCAAUGGCCCCGCAGUGGGCUCAUCCAGAAAAAAUGGAGAAGAAGCUUCACGCUGUUCCUGCCAGUAAGACAGUGAAGUUUCGAUGUCAGGCCAGCGGCAACCCAACUCCCACUCUGAAAUGGUAUAAGAACGGAAAGGAGUUUAAGAGAGACCAUCGAAUCGGGGGCUUCAAGGUCCGUGACCAUGUGUGGACCAUCAUCAUGGAGUCUGUAGUGCCCUCUGAUAAGGGAAACUAUACCUGUGUGGUGGAAAACCAGUAUGGCAGCAUUAACCACACCUACCAGCUGGAUGUAGUCGAACGUUCCCCCCACAGACCGAUCCUGCAGGCUGGCCUGCCGGCCAAUCGCACAGCAGUGGUUGGUAGUGAUGUGGAGUUUGAGUGCAAGGUGUUUAGCGACCCUCAGCCUCAUAUUCAGUGGCUAAAACAUGUUGAAGUCAAUGGGAGCCGAGUUGGAUCAGAUGGUUUACCCUUCGUCCGAGUUCUUAAGCAUUCGGGGGUCAAUAGCUCGGACGCUCAGGUGCUUACGCUCUACAAUGUGACUGAGGAGGAGAGCGGAGAGUAUAUUUGUAAGGUGUCCAAUUAUAUAGGAGAGGCCAAUCAGUCAGCCUGGCUGACUGUCAUCAAAUAUGACCCCACAGCAGCCACACCAUACCCCCCUGCCAGCCACAACUACCUGGAGGUUGUCAUUUACUGUGUGGGCUUCUUCUUCAUCUUAGUCAUGAUUACCACCACAAUAAUUGUCAAGAUGCGCAGCACCUCAAAGAAAAGCGACUUCAACAGCCAGCUGGCUGUCCACAAGCUGGCCAAAAGCAUCCCUCUGCGCAGACAGGUAACAGUGUCCGUGGACUCGAGCUCCUCCAUCCAUUCAGGAGUGAUGCUGGUGCGUCCCACCCGCCUCUCCUCCAGUGGCACUCCAAUGCUGUCAGGAGUGUCAGAAUAUGAACUACCCCAGGAUCCCCGCUGGGAGCUUCCCCGGGACAAACUUGUUCUGGGGAAACCUCUGGGUGAAGGCUGCUUCGGUCAGGUGGUGAUGGGGGAGGCGCUCGGCAUGGACAAGGAGAAGCCAAACCGUGUGACCAAGGUUGCAGUGAAAAUGUUGAAAUCUGAUGCCACAGAGAAAGACCUGUCAGACCUGAUCUCAGAGAUGGAGAUGAUGAAGAUCAUUGGGAAGCACAAGAACAUCAUUAAUCUGCUGGGAGCCUGCACACAGGAUGGUCCGCUGUAUGUGAUAGUUGAAUAUGCAUCCAAAGGCAACCUCAGGGAGUACUUGCGAGCCCGACGCCCUCCAGGCAUGGAGUACUGUUACAACCCAGACCAGGUUCCUGUUGAGAACAUGUCCAUCAAAGACCUGGUGUCCUGUGCUUACCAAGUGGCUCGAGGCAUGGAGUAUUUGGCUUCUAAAAAGUGCAUUCACAGAGAUCUCGCUGCUCGCAAUGUUUUGGUAACAGAAGACAAUGUAAUGAAAAUAGCUGACUUUGGCCUGGCUAGAGACAUCCACCACAUUGACUAUUACAAGAAGACCACCAAUGGCCGUUUACCUGUCAAGUGGAUGGCUCCUGAGGCUCUGUUUGACCGGAUAUACACACACCAAAGUGAUGUCUGGUCCUUUGGAGUGCUGCUUUGGGAGAUCUUUACCCUGGGAGGCUCUCCGUACCCGGGUGUGCCAGUGGAGGAGUUAUUCAAGCUGCUAAAGGAAGGCCAUCGAAUGGACAAGCCUUCAACGUGCACUCACGAACUGUAUAUGAUGAUGAGGGACUGCUGGCAUGCGGUACCCUCCCAGAGACCCACAUUCAAGCAGCUGGUAGAGGACCUGGAUCGGUGUCUUGCCAUGAACUCCAAUCAGGAAUAUUUGGAGCUUUCUGUGCCUCUGGAUCAAUAUUCUCCUGGAUACCCUGAAACCCGGUGCUCUACCUGCUCCUCUGGCGAGGACUCUGUUUUCUCCCAUGACGCUGGAGCGGAGGAGCCUUGUCUGCCAAAGUUCCCUCCUCACUCCAACGGGGCAGCCAUUAAGAAACGUUGAGACCUCAUUUUCAUUCAAACAUUAACAUUUCCUCCGCUCCUGCCUCAUGGGGUUGGACUUCUCCCCACAUUCCCAGAGAUGAAGCUAAGAAACACUGAUCUCCUUUAAGAGGAGUUUGGAGACACGGGGAGGAACUAGGCGGAUCACAUGGACUGCUGAUGUGCAGCCAUUUCCUGGUUUCUGGUGGCAGUGACGUUUACGGGGCGCUUUGUGUUAACGGUUUGUUACAGUGUCAAAAAAAGGUAAACUCACACUUCUUGGCUUUGGGCAUUCCAGUGUUUAAGUCACAAAGACCAACAACAAGAGUCCGCUUUUAGUUUUCAUUUAUUCAGUUUGUGGCCAUUUCAUCAGUAAAUGAAAAACAUACAUGUGUGUUUUUGGACCAAAUACAGAGAAUACGCUACAGAGAGAUGUGCAGCAUCAUGGUCCACUGCAUCAUUCACUCUUUAUAUGUAAAUACAGUUAGAAGAUGAAAAAUAUGAAUUAUAUUUACCAUGUACUCCUAUUUUUAUGGCUAUAAUUGAUUAAUUGUCUUUUGUACAAGGAUGCUAUGGUUUUGAUUUAUUUUCUUAACUAGUUCAUAGGGGCAGUUGUUACAUGAGGGUGUUUUUUAAAGUUGCUAAGGAUUAUGUGCCUGCUUGUUUUGCUUUUCCAGUUUCACUGCAUCAAUUCACCCAAAAUUGACUGGAUGAUCAUUAAUGAAAAGUGUAUAUAUAAUAUAUAUAUUUUGGGUAAGAUUUUUUUUUUACUAUUUUGACAAAACUUGCUACAGAAUGGUUUGUGUGGUUUUUCCGCAGCGGGAGAAUUGGACGUGUGUAAAAGUGUCUCUUCUCGUUCAUGAUAGUUUUAUCCUUGAGAAUGGUCACAACUGUAAAUAUUGCACACCACGCUAGCUAAAAUUUAUCACCUGCUUCUGUCAACAUGGUGCACUUUCAGCGUGCAAGUGUGACUUUCAUGUAAUGAACUGUCAAAGCCUCAGCAGGAGUUGGGUUUGCAUCUGUCUGACAAAGAGUUGCAGAACACGUAGGUCAUCGUAAACAGGACUACAUUAAAUAAAAUGUUAUUGAUAAACAAGCCAAGCGUUCAGAUUGUGAACCUAACUUUAUAAACUGGUCAAUAAAAAUCAAGAUUUUA